AUGGCGUGUCAACCUAAACGUUCCGAAACCGUCGUAAUCCACGAGUUGCUGGCCUUUGUUCAACAAAAAUUGGACGUCAUGGACCAGGUGUCUCUGGAGCAGAUACUGAUGACAAGCUUCACCGAGGACGAGAUCAUCCAAGCGAAGAAGGUGUUAGCAGAUUCAGCCGUGACCCAAAUCCGUCUUAUCACACGUCACAGGGAUGGACGCGGUGUAACAUUACAAAAAAAGUGGAAGAACAUACGGGAUGCUUAUAAUAAGGAAUUCAAGAAAGGCAAAUCAAUUCCUUCUGGUUCUGGUGCAUGUAAAGGUUCAAAAUACAUGUAUUUUGACCGGCUUUCUUUUCUUCAGAAGACGGUAGAAAAUAAAGAAACGACCUCAAACAUACAUGAAGCCAAAAAUGAAGGAAUUCAAAACAUUGACCAAAACCAAGAUAAUUUUGUUAAUGCACGUGAAAUACAAUCAGUACCCAAUAAAAGGAAGAAGAUUAAAAUUACUUCAGAAGAGCGAUUAGCUGACAUAUUAGAAAAUAGCAUUGAAUCAAGGGAUAAAAUACAGAGACAAUUACAAGAAAGUAUGUCAAAGCAAGAUGAUGAUGAUAAGCUUUUUUGUAUGUCAUUGUAUAAAGAGUUAAAAAAAAGUCCCAGAAAAUAA